UUUUCAUCACUGUUUACAUAGUUCUUUAUCAUUGUCGGAGGAAAUACAUUCGGCCCAUUGGCAUUCCUCCACUUACUUCCCUGGAACCUAUUCUCUCUCGCAUUAAGCUCUCAUGUCUUUUGGAUGUGGGAGGAAACAGAGCACCCAGUUACAGAGAGAACCUGCAAAUUCCACAUGGACAGCGCCGGAGCUCAGGGUUGAACCUAAGCCCCUGGGGCUGUGAGGCAGCGGCUCUGUAUUUAGCUUGAAGCCUCAUCCACAGCCAUUGUUACUCCCUUCAUGAGGACCGUGGAUCCCUUCACACCCGGGCCGGGAGCUGCGGACACCCGAUGCGCGCCCCCGCCCGUUCAGUGCCGCGGAGCCGCGCCCCAUGACAGGCUCCCGGUGAUGGGUUCCCCGUUCAAGCGGCGACCCGUCCCCACCAGGGACCUGGGACAGGGGAGCAGCCUGAAGCCGAGGCUUGGGGUCCAGGGGACGGGCACACGGCAGGUGGGGGCUGGGCCUUCGCCUUCCUCGCCCCGGGACCGCCAGGAUGUGCCGGUUCACUACUUUUGGGGCAUCCCCUUCUGCCCUGCUGGCCUGCAGCCCGACCAGUACACGGGGGUCAUCCUGUGUCAGCUCCAGGCCUAUGAGCGCUGCCUGAAGCGGGCGCAGAGCCGCUCCCUGCGCAAGGCCCAAUUCGGGCCGCCGGUGCUUCCGCCGCCCGGCGCAGUCCAGCGCCCGAGGCCGCACCCCGAGCAGGGAGAGGACCCUGCCAGCAGGGACUGGCAGGCAGACGGAUCGGCCGCAGCAAGCGCGGUGGAGGAGGCGAGCCGGGAGAGCAGUGACCGGCCGGACACGGCCAGUGAUCAGCCGCAGUUUUCAAAUGUUUGUGCUGAAGAAACCCCAGAGGAUGAAGGAGGAGGGAACAGUGAAGAAGAGUCUGAGGACAGCAGAGGGACUGGUUCCUGUGCAAGUCCGCAUGUUUGCCCUCAGGAUGUUAUGCUGUUCGUUGGCACGGAAACACAGCAAAACUUACCUGAAGAGAUGCAUCCAAAAUGUGAAGCUCCUCAGGGAUCUGACAGUGACUCUGCCCAGGAGCCUGAGGACGUGGUGUUGAUAGAAGAUGAAGCUGAGGAGUUUCAACCCACACCAUCAAAGAAAUCAUAUGUGGAGUGUCCGAUUUGUGGUCAGAAAUUCCCAUCAGAGAAGAUCGAAAUGCACGCGGCUGACUGUAACGGUACCUGCGAUGGUGGGAGUCAGCUGCAAGUACAGACACGCAGCCACACACGGAGAGUGGUGAAACAAAACGGCACAGAAGGAUCCAAACCUUGCACACUGACACUAUGAGAACUAGCCGAGCGGAAGGAGUGGUUGGUUUCCCCACCUCAGGACUGCUCUGAUCCAGACACUGCACGUCUGGCACCCUCUCAUGAUGAACAGCAUGUGCCAGAGCCUGAUGUAAAUAAUCACAUUAAAAGCAAUUAUUUCAUUGCC